AUGGCGGUGGAAAACUACGACAUCGUCAUUGUCGGCGCGGGACCGGUCGGCCUUUGUCUCUCGACAUGCCUGGCGCGAUGGGGAUACAAAAUCAAGCACAUUGACAACAGGCCUGAGCCGACACCUACCGGCCGUGCAGAUGGCAUUCAACCCCGAUCGCUUGACCUCUUGCGAAAUAUGGGCUUGAAGCGCAAGAUCAUGGAGUACGAGCCUGCAAAGGUAUAUGAAGUUGCUUUCUGGGACCCAAGUGCUAAAGGAAUCCACCGCACAGGAACUUGGGCGAGUUGUCCAAAGUUCAUUGAUGCACGGUACCCAUUCACAACGCUCCUCCACCAAGGCAUGAUUGAACGCGUGUUUAUCGACGACAUGGAAAAGAGCGGUACGAAGCUACAAAGACCGUGGACGAUUACUGGUUUCAAGAAUGAUGGAAAGGACCCCAUAUACCCCGUUGAAGUCAACUUGGCACAUGUCGACGGUACCAUGUCAGAAACUGUUCGCGCAAAGUACUUGUUCAGUGGAGAGGGCGCAAGAAGUUUUAUACGCGACCAGCUCGGCGUGAAAAUCCGGUACAAGGACCCAAUUGCGCACGUGUGGGGUGUCAUGGACGGCGUUGUACGGACAAACUUUCCUGAUAUCAAGGUAUACGCGGGAAGCAUCAUGGUCAUCCCUCGCGAGAACAACAUGGUCCGUCUCUACAUCCAGGUUGCCAGUUCUACAGACAAAGAUUGGGACCCGCGCAAGCAAGUCACUGCAGAAGAAACCCAGAAGCUCGCACAAGAAAUUCUCAAGCCAUACACAAUAACAUGGGAUCGCAUAGAGUGGUACUCAGUCUAUCCAAUUGGCCAAGGAAUCGCAGAGCGUUACACGCUGGAUGAACGUGUAUUCAUGGGCGGAGACGCGUGCCACACCCACUCGCCAAAGGCAGGACAAGGCAUGAACACUGCUUUCCUCGACGCUGUAAACCUCGCCUGGAAGAUUCAUCACGUUGAAAGCGGCUGGGCAGCGCGCGACGUCCUCAAGACCUAUGAAUCCGAACGCCAGCUGAUUGCUGAAACGCUCCUCGACUUCGACGCCCGCUACGCCAAACUGUUCUCCACACGCAUUCCAUCUGCAGGCGAAGUUGCAGGCGCGACAUCUAAUAAGCCCGCUGAAGAGAACGAAUUCAUCAAGACGUUCAAGGCAUCUUGCGAAUUCACCUCUGGCUACGGCGUAGCCUACAACCCCAAUACCAUUAAUUGGGGCCCAGAGCAUCCCUCCCAACACCCCCUCUAUCUCUCCUACGAAAACGGCACCACCCAACGAACCGGCCGUAUUCUCACAGCAGCGACCGUAACCCGUGUCGUGGACGCCAACGUCGUGCACCUCGAGCAAGAAAUCCCGCUCAACGGCUCCUACCGCAUAUUCAUCUUCGGCGGCGCCCUGGACAAGACAUCCGCUGCGCUCAAAGACUUGGCUACAAACAUGGCAAACCCCACAUCCUUCUUCUCGUCGUUUUUGUACGAAGACCUGGUGAAGACAGAUCGUUAUCAUGAACAUCACAACCCGCAUACGUCCUUCCUCUCCCUUGCGCUCAUCUUCAAUAGUGCAAGAAGCAAUAUUCACAUCGAUGAGCAAUUGCCAAAGGUCUUUGCGCGCUAUGCAGACCACGUGUAUGCGGAUGAUGUGUGGGACCAGCGCGUGCCUGACGCCAAAGCGGCGGCGCACGCGAAGAUGGGUUUGGACGAGGAGAAGGGGGGUAUUGUUGUUGUCAGACCAGACGGGUAUGUGAGUGUUGUUCUGAAGCUGGAAGAAGGCAGUGGAACGUGCGAUGCACUGAACCAAUACUUUGGUGUCAUUACGGGCAAGAAGUUGGGCGCGGAGAAGGCGAGUUUGUAG